UAGAGAAAGGGCGGGCCCACAGAGCCAGGGUAGCUGCAGCCAUCCUCCAGACGGGGCGAUUGUUCGAGUCAGUACCAUGAGCCAUAAUUCCCAAGUCUUCUUGAGCACCAAUGCCGGACUUCCCCCAAGCUAUGAGACAAUCAAAGAGGAGUAUGGGGUGACUGAACUGGGGGAACCCCAUAACUCAGCUGUGGUGAGAACCACCGUGAUCAACAUGCCCAGAGAGGUCUCUGUGCCUGACCAUGUGGUCUGGUCCCUGUUCAAUGCCCUCUUCUUGAACGUCUGUUGCCUGGGUUUCAUUGCCUAUGCCUACUCUGUGAAGUCCAGGGACAGGAAGAUGGUGGGUGAUAUGAUUGGAGCCCAGGCCUACGCCUCCACUGCCAAAUGCCUGAAUAUCAGCUCUCUGAUCUUCAGCAUCCUAAUGGUUAUUAUCUGCAUCAUCAUUGUCUCCACCACCUCUGUGGCUGUCUUUCAAGCCUUUUCUCAGAGAAUGCCACAUUCUGGAUUCUAGUCCUGCCCUGCGCUCCACAGUCCACAGCUGCCCGCCCCGUGACCCUUCCUUUACCCUACGCGUAUGCAAAUGGUACCUUCCUGCAUCUGUCCACAGUGGAUUCAAUAAAGUGCACAUGACAACA